ACACCUCAGUGGCAAAAAAGAGGGGACGCGCUAUAGACGGACGGACAGCUAGAAAUGGAAAUGCAGAGAAAAUGCAGCGUCUCCGCUCUGUGAGCUGCAUACACCAGAUUCACUGCCCUAAAUCCUCCCAAUAACGCUGUUGUCGUUGCAAAAAAAAAAAAAAGAAGGGAUUUAGGUUUAACAAUCGUCCUUCGCGGCAGACAGCGUUUGGUGACUGGACUCUUCCGUUCUGUCGCUGCGGCAGAGCGUUCUUCUUCUCUGCAGUCGAGAGCCAAGGCUGUUGUACAGAAGCCAUAGCUGUAUGAUUCGCCUUGUUCUGCGCUGUUUUCAGCUUUCUAUCUAUUCGUUCGUGCGGUAAAGCGCUGGUGGUGAAGUCAACGACAAACCGCUAGUGUGGAUCUAGUGGGCGCAUUUACAUCCAUCUCUAUCGCGUCUACGGUCUGCUACACUGCUGUCGCUUUCAGGAUGGCGCUAACGAUUUGCACGAGAUUCACCGAUGAAUUCCAGCUUUUCGAGGAGCUGGGGAAGGGAGCGUUCUCUGUGGUGAAGAGAUGUCUCAGGAUCUCGUCUGGUCAGGAGUUUGCUGCCAAAAUCAUAAACACCAAGAAAUUGUCUGCCAGAGACCACCAGAAGCUUGAGAGAGAGGCCAGGAUUUGCCGUCUGCUGAAACAUCCCAAUAUUGUGAGGCUUCAUGACAGCAUAUCAGAGGAGGGCUUCCACUACCUACUGUUUGAUCUGGUGACUGGAGGAGAGCUCUUUGAGGACAUCGUAGCCAGGGAGUACUACAGUGAGGCUGAUGCCAGCCGCUUCUUCAGCGACUCGACCUGCUCCCGGCUCCGGGACACCUCCUUCAUGAAGCUAUCGUCCACCAGCCUUGUGAUCUCGUACAUAGCAGCCUUGAAUACCGUCUCCAUGACUCCGGAGAGCUGA